AUGUCCUCACUCACAAAUAAACUCACACAGUGGGUGAAAAAAGUAGUCAAUUCCGCUACGGUUGGCAAUGCAGCACCAACCACUAGAAAAUUUGUAGGAAAGGAUGUCAAGGGAAAUAGUUAUUAUUCCGAAAUUAUGGGAGGAAGAGAAAGAAGAACUGUUGAGUACAGUGCCGAUUAUGAUAAAUCCAUUUUACAUCUUCCUCAGGAUUUACCUUUGGAAUGGGUGUCAUGGCUCAAGUAUAUGAGGGAUCAUCCACCCACAGAGAAGGAAUCAAAAAUUUUGGAUGAAUACCGGGAACGGCUAAAAGCAAAUGGUGAAAAGUGGGAUCAAGAACAACAACGACAAGCUUUGCAAAGUCAAGCCAAUGAGGGCAUGAAACGAACAGGAUUAGGAGGCUCGCGAUAUGGUAGUACGAAUGAUGACACAUAUUCUGGAAGUGAUAAGCCACCUUCAUUUCAAUUUAUUGCAGAUCGAUUGAGACAAGAAGGGAGCAUGUCAUCCGAUGCGGAAUCCUUGGCUAACGAAGUUGAAAAUUCGGAACGAUCACAAAACAUUAACAUUUCACGAGUGUUGACUUCAAGUGGAGAAUUAAAAUCGACCCAUUCAUCUCAAGACCUUGAACAAUUACAGAAUAGUGAAAGAUUUAACAAGUUCGAGCGCACAGACAACACACCAAAAGAUCCAUACGCACAUUUAAUUCCUGACGCAAGAUUGAAAAGAUCUCGUACCGAUGCUGAUAUGCAGGCUAUUAUUGAUAGAGAAAAUAAGGAAUAUGAUAUACCCAAGGAUUUAUCAAAUCCAUCGAACUUGUCACAAGAAGAUAUUAGAAAUAUCACACGAAUGUACUCUCGAAGUAGGACAAGCCCUUUUCUCGGCAAAAAGCCUCAAAUUAGAGCAAACUCGAAUUACAAAGUUGACGAAUAA